AUGUGUUUGAAUAAUUCUACACUUGGUGACACGAAUUUUUUAUUUAAUCCUGCCACUAGUGAAUUCAAGAAGCUCCCAAAACCUGAUGAUCUGGUAGAUAAACAUAUAGAAGGAAUUUUUGCAUUAACUGGUCUUGGAUUUGGUUAUGAUCCUGAAAGUAAUGACUACAAAUUGGUCAGAUUUUCUUACUCUAAAGAGUUGGAAGAUCAAAUUUAUUCUGAAGUUGAUGCGUACUCAUUGAGUACUAUUUUUUGGAGAAGAAAGGAUAUGCUUGUGCCUGGAGUUGUUUUUGAGAAUUCUUUUUCGAAGGCAGUCAUUAACGUAGCUCUACAUUGGAGGUGUGUAGCAAAGAAAAGGGGAUUCUAUAGUUUUCUUAUCUUAUCAUUUGGUAUAAAAAAUGAGGUGACUCAAUACAUAAAAGUACCUGAAAUUGACUUGGAUGGAGAUGGAAAAGAAUGGUAUCCUUUUGAUAGGAAUGGAUCACUUGCUAUAGUUAUUAGCUCAACAAAUUAUCAAGAGUAUAGGAAUAAAUUUAAUAUAUGGGAGUAUAGGAAUACAUUUGACAUAUGGGUGAUGAAUGAAGAUCGGGUUGAGGAGUCUUGGACGAAACAAUUAACUGUUGGACCUUUUAGUGUUCAUAGUUUGGUGGGAUUUGGCAAGAAUGAAGAGCUCCUCUUUGCAUCUCACUCAAUGAUGUUACUUUAUGAUCUACAACGGGUAAAAACUCCUCAUGAUGAUAUUUCAUGGGCUAAUAUUAUUGGUGAUAAUUUUGUACACUGCAUAGAGGCGGCUAUCACAUUGAGAGCCUAG